GCGGAAAUAAGCGUUUCCACAUUUCAAGGAGGAGAGGGAGACCGCUGCUGCUGCUGCUUUGUUUGGACUGAGCUACAGUAAGAGGAGACUAAAGUGGGUUGUUUUUUUUCUGCACGAUAAAACGCAUGCAACCGCUGGCAUGUUGAGAGUUUUAGUCUGCCGAGCGCUUUUCAGCGUCUCUAAACCUCUCCUGAGAAUGACCAUCCACAACAGGUCUGUGACAUGUGCCAGAGACUGCUCUCAGGAAGGAAAUAAGAGAAACGCACUGAGAUGGGACCUGACCCCAGAAGAUAUCAGCACCAUGACAGACAGCUUGAUUAACAGAGUAAAGGCGGUCUACGAUGACGUUGGAUCUCUAAAGAUAGAAAAUGUGUCUGUUGAAAACACCCUGAAAGCCUUGGCUUAUGCCAAACUGGAUUAUGCAUCAUCACUCCAUGUUCUUGAUUUCCCCCAGUAUGUAUGUCCCUCUAAAGAGGUUCGGACAGCGAGCACAGAGGCAGACAAGAAACUGUCUGAGUUUGACGUGGAGAUGAGUAUGAGGGAAGAUGUGUUCAAGCGAAUUACAGCCUUGCAGAAGAAGCAUCAAGACAACCUUUUACCUGAAGAAAAGAGGUUUUUAAACAGACUUGUUACAUUAGGCAAGCGGAAAGGAUUGCACCUGUCUAAAGAUAUACAAGAGGACAUAAAAAGAACCUCCAAGCGUAUAAGUGCACUCUCCAUAGAGUUUAACAAGAAUCUGAAUGAAGACAAUACGUUUCUUGUUUUUUCUGAGCGCGAAUUAGGUGGGCUAGCUGAUAGCUAUCUCAAUGGACUGGACACGACAGAAGAUGGGCGGUAUAAGGUGACACUUGAAUAUCCCCAUUACUACCCCCUGAUGAAGAGGUGUUACAAUCCUGAGACCAGGAGGAAGAUGGAAACGGCUUUUCACAGCAGGUGUAAAGAGGUCAACACAGCGAUCCUCGAAGAAUUGAUACAACUCAAAGCAAAUGUCGCGGACUUACUUGGUUACAGUUGCCAUGCAAACUAUGUUCUGGAGAUUAACAUGGCCAAGAAUGCAAGCAAUGUGUCUGACUUUCUUGACACAUUCUAUGAAACACUUAAGCCCAUUGGAAUCAAGGAGAGGAAAUAUAUUCUUGCACUAAAGAAGCGCGAGUGCUUGAUGAAGGGCUACCAGUUUGAUGGACAGAUCAAUGCCUGGGACUUGCCCUACUACAUGAAUCAAGUGGAGCAGUGCAAGUUUGCCGUGAACAAGGAUAAACUGAUUGAGUAUUUCCCGCUUGACGUGGUGACAGAAGGACUGUUUGGAAUCUACCAGGAGCUGCUGGGUCUCACUUUCAACGAGGUGGAGCAUGCUCAUGUGUGGCAUGAAAAUGUCAAGCUUUAUUCAGCCUUGGACACUGAAACAGGAGAGGAGAUUGGUCAGUUUUACCUGGACUUGCAUCCAAGGAAAGGAAAGUAUGGCCAUGCAGCCUGCUUUGGGCUCCAGCCUGGCUGCAGAGGACCUGAUGGAAAACGCAGACUUCCAGUGGCAGCUAUGGUGGCUAACUUUACCAAGUCCAGAAAAGGUUGUCCCUCUCUUCUCCAGCACCAUGAAGUGGAGACUUAUUUUCACGAGUUUGGUCAUGUUAUGCACGAACUCUGUUCUAAGACCAGUUUCUCAGAAUUCAGUGGAACCCAGGUGGAGACAGACUUUGUGGAGGUGCCUUCGCAGAUGCUUGAGAACUGGGUUUGGGAGAAAGAGCCUCUGAGGAGAAUGUCUCGCCACUACAAGGAUGGCACCACAAUCCCAGACAAUCUACUCGACAAACUGAUUGCAUCCAGAGUCGCCAACACUGGACUGAUGAACCUGCGUCAGGUAGUCCUCGGUAAAGUGGACCAGUCGCUACACAGCAGCCCUCAUGCAGAUACAGCUGAGGUGUUUGCAAAGCACUGUAAGGAAAUCCUGGGUGUUCCUGCUACGCCAGGUACCAAUAUGACAGCCAGUUUCAGCCACUUGGUUGGAGGAUAUGAUGGCCAGUACUACAGCUAUCUGUGGAGUGAGGUCUACUCCAUGGACAUUUAUUUCAGUCGUUUUAAAAAGGAAGGCAUUAUGAAUCCAAAGGUUGGACAAGAGUACAGAAAGGUGAUUCUGGAAGCUGGUGGCUCUGUGGAUGGCAUGGACAUGCUGAAAACCUUCCUUGGCCGUGGCCCAUGCCAGGAUGCCUUCUUUCAGUGCAAAGGACUGAUUAAGUCAAAGGAAACACAGACGUUGUAAUUUGAUAUAUUCUUUAAGAGUCUUUUUGUCAAAGCAAGGUAUAUUUUAAUUGUCUGAAUGCAGCAGGGCUAUGUCAGUAGAAACAUGGCUUUGCUUGAAGUGUAUUAAUACUGCAUGUUGGUAUUUGUUCAAAUGUACAGUAGAUCAUUGAGGGUCUUAUGAUGUUAUGUACAAUUGGCCAUAAGUUAUAAGUUAUCAUUGUAAAAAAAAAGUUAUUUUUUAAAGUGAUUAAGCUUUUGUAAAGAUAACCAGGAGAUGGGUAUGCAAAAAAAAUGGUCAUUACAUCUUUUGGAGCUUUAUUGUCCUGUUUUGCAGCCCCCUCUUAAAGGUAGAGGCAGACAAUACAACACAUUUCCAUUCAUGUUAUGUUAAAACAUUGAAAGAUAUAUACAUAGAAAGAUAUAGACAUGUAGUGAUUGGAUGCUUUAUUAAAGCUAAAGAAAGAUUUGAAAAUGUGUAAUGUCUUACAUUCAGUAUAGAACCUUAAACUGCAUGUGUUAAGUUAAGAUGGCUUACAAAACCUUACUGUGAAUGGCUGUGAUAUGUCUAUAUCAGUCCCAUCCUUUAAAGGGAAUUAGGCUGCUGUGAUGCAAUAUCUCCAGAACCAUAUUAGAAGAAUAUAUACUUUUAUGAUCCCUAGUGUUGAUUACAUAUUACACAUAGGCGCUAAAUACACACUCAUGGACAAACAGGACCUAUACAUUCACUAAUGGAGAGAUGUCAGAGUGAGGUGGCUGCCCAUUAAAGUUGCCCCAAGCAGUUGGUGUCUUGCUCAAGGUGGAGAACUGGCACCUCUUCAGCUACAAGUCCACAGUAAGGAUUUUAACCCGCAACCCUCUGGUUCCCAAGCCAAGUCCCUACGGACUGAGCUCCCGCUGCUCAAUAAAUGAUUGUUGCCAUAUUG